AUGUGGCGGACGUCAUGGAGUCAUGUGGACUACAUCAAGCACGUUUGUGUUCAUUUCAGCGAUCAGGAUCCGAAAAAAAUAAAGACACCGGAGGAGGACGACGCGUCCAAGCAGCUGGAGUUUGAGGUGUCCAAGACCGUGCAAGACGCAGCGUCCAGCCCUUUGCACCAGGCGCGGGGAGUGCUGCAUAUUGAGGUGGACCACAUGAAGGAGCUCACGCGCUCAGCUCGUCAUGCGCUGGACGAGUCGGUACAGCAGGCGUGGGCAGCUACGAUGACCGCGGUAGCGCCCGUUGUGGACGUGUACAAACGCGCAGAUGGAGAUGAGGGAACAGAGCUGCGAAAGCACGUGAGAGUCGCGCGCGAAACACUGAAUGUGAAGCUGUACGCGGCCCGAGAGCAGCUGCAAGAGACCAAGAAGCUCGCGGAUGACCAAUUGGUGCCUGUGAAGAGCGCACUGGAUGGCGUUCAAGAGCAGCUGGUGAAGGCAAACGCUUUUCGACGCGAGCAUCCGGAGAUGGCGGCAGCAGGUGUAGUUGCCGUCGUGGGCUUGCCAUCGCUUCUGAUACGUGGCAAGUGGUCCGCAGUACGGAAUUCUGUGGUAGUAACGGGUACUGGAGCUGCACUAUGCUACGGGUUGUACAAGUGGGAGGAGAAGAAGCGCAAGUAA